UCAGCGCGCACAGACUACGCAGAGUACUCGGGCAACACUUCGAUUCGAGGUCGGGAGACGAAGAGAAAAACAGCCCGUGAACACUGUCUUGCGAUGUGCUCGAGACGUGCGCACGAGACCUGACUGUCAAUGCCUUCUUUUUACCCGUGUGAAAUAAGAACUGCUCCCUCAAUAUUUUCUGUUAGUUUUUGGAGAUAUUUUUCACCUCGAGUCCAGCAUGUAUUAAAUUACGGCAUGCUACGGAUAUGAAGAUGGCUUUUACCUCCUCAUCGGUGGAGAGGGAUCUUAUCACAUUCUGCGCUACGAGUUUGGCUGUCAGUCACCGCACCUCAUUUGAACCACAGGUGCGCGCCUCGCGAUCCCUCUGGUCUGGGUCGGGUCGAAACCCUGGGGAAGCCUGCUGUAGUUUGACAUACCCUAUUUGUCAGUUCUAUGCUGUCCCCGCUGUGCUCCGAUGGCUCGGUGAUCAUGGAGAGAGCGUCGCCCCGGUGGCCGGCAUCACCGUCUACAAACUCCGGCCCCCAGCGCCGCCGCUGCCCGCCGCACAUCCCCCCUCCCACCAGCGGGAGCAGCGUGUGCGCCAACCCCACCUACUACCACGCCGUCUAUGAUGUGCGGGUGGAGCAGUGCCGCGACGCACCCCCCUUCUCCUUCGGCCGACGCGAGUCUGCGGCCGGGGGAGCCGUCACCACCGGACUCUACUCGCUGGUCGCCGACGGCGAUGAAGACGCCCAGCCCGUUCCACCCAUCCGGCGACGGGGGGCCCUGGUGGAGCACCGUGAUGUCAUCAAGGCCCACCAGAGCCACAAACUGCAGAGCACGCCGCAGGCACGACGCAAGGAGUGGGAAAUGUCGCGCUUUGGAGACGAAGUGCCGCCCAGGUACGGCGGUGUCCCUGGUCAAGGGGGACCCGGCCGUGGCGGCAGCAGGCAGGGCGGCCCGCCGGGAGCCAGGGUUUACAAGCAAUCGAUGGCCCAGAGAGCCCGAACCAUGGCCCUGUACAACCCCAUCCCGGUCCGACAGAACUGCCUGACGGUCAACCGCUCGCUGUUUCUGUUCAGCGAGGACAACUUUGUGAGAAAGUAUGCCAAGAAGAUCACGGAAUGGCCAUAUCCUUUUCACUAACUUGCACACUGUGUGGACGCUGCAGACGG